UUGUACGUGUUAUUGAGUCAGACUUCAGCGCAGUUUACCCGAGACUUCCAAAAGAAGAAUGACGGCCGGUUAAAGCAACAGAUGAGAUGGGUCUGCGGAGUCUGUCAGCUGUUAAACCUGCCCUCUAGACCGCUAUCGACGGUUUUAAAUGAUAUUUCCACGUGCUUUGCUAUGAUCGACACGCAUUUCGCGUCGUUAUACGCGUUAAACUGACAGCAGUUGUGCUGUAGGAAGGAAGCGGGAGAGGAAGAGGCACUGACUGCGCACUGCUGGCCCACUAAACACACACUCAACGGCGAGUUUACUUAAAAGGGCAAGAUUGUUUUGCAACAUACUUGAUAGACACAUGAAGGUUGAUUGUUGUUGCGCUUUUGCGGGUCGGUUAAGUUCUAAUCGAUCAUGGCCACAGAUGUAAUAGCGACUGAAGAAGUCUCAAACCAGAGAGACUCGAGUGAUCUGAACGCCAGCAAAAGUAAUCCCGAAUCAGACACACCCAACCGGACAUCUGAGACGCAAGAAAACAGAAAUAUAAGUAGCGCAUUAUCGUUAUCAUCAUCGGUUCAUUCUGGGGAAGAACCACCUCAGGACUCCAUAGCGGGGAAUUCGCCGGCGAAUGGAGGCAGUGCGAUCCGACCAGGAGAUCCGCCGCAGGAAGCAGCGACUCCAGACAAUAGACAAAAACAAGGCGUGAGGACUUCAACUCCUGUGCGAGCGCCGCAAACACUCUCUUCACCAGCUGAACACAACGGAAGUUUUGAGCACCAGGAGUCGGUUGCUACCACAGAGGCGCGGCUGAGAAUGGAAGGGGUGGAGCUAAAGGAGGAGUGGCAAGAUGAGGACUUCCCCAGGCCACUGCCAGAAGAGGAAGAUAUUCAACUUGAUGAGGAGCUUUUCACCGGCUCUUCUGGUGAAGGAGCACCUGCUUCACAGUCUUACGGCCUAAACAGUGCAAAGAAAACCAAAAAGAAGCUUUUGGCUCCAGACAUCAGCCUAAACCUAGACCACAGUGAGGGUUCGGUCCUGUCAGAUGAGCUGGAUGAGAGUACAGAGCUGGACCUGGAUGAUAUAGACACCCCUUCAGACAACAGCAACGAGUUCGAGUGGGAAGAUGACCUCCCAAAACCCAAAAAUGCGGACCUCUUGCGUAAAGGAGUGGAGUCGGUGCAGGAGUUCACCAGCACGGAGGAACGCGAGGAGGGCCGUCGCUGGAGAGUCUUCCACAUCGGAGAGCAGGAGCACCGGGUGGACAUGAAGGCCAUUGAGCCCUACAAGAGGGUUAUCGGCCAUGGAGGUUACUAUGGCGAUGGAUUGAAUGCCAUCAUCGUCUUUGCUGUUUGCUUUAUGCCUGAGAGCAAUCAACCAAAUUACAGAUACAUCAUGGACAAUCUUUUCAAGUAUGUCAUAGGAACUCUAGAGCUGCUUGUAGCUGAGAACUACAUGAUUGUAUACCUGAAUGGAGCCACUUCCCGCCGAAAGAUGCCCAGUGUGGGCUGGCUCAGAAAAUGCUAUCAGCAAAUAGAUCGAAGGUUAAGGAAGAAUUUGAAAUCAUUGAUGAUUGUGCACCCGUCCUGGUUUAUUCGCACCCUCCUGGCCCUCACAAAACCUUUUAUAAGCUCAAAAUUUAGCCAGAAAAUCAAGUAUGUGUACAGCCUGACAGACCUGGCUGAGCUUGUCCCGAUGGAGUAUGUUUCCAUACCAGACUGCAUUAAACAUUCUGCCACUGUUAGUAUGGUAUGUAUGACCAUCCUAGUAAAUCAGACUUUAUGGUGAAGGAUUUGAACAGUAAAGUCACGGGUGGUUUACAUUUUUUUCAAAUGCAUGUCUGGCCAAUGCACAUUCUUACUGCUCACUGCAUGUCCAACCCCUACACAUGACAAAAUGCAUUGUGUAAACCUCACAGUGGGCCAUGACGGAGCAUUAGAGUGUAGUCUACAUCAGAUAGUAUAAAACACUUAGAAUGUCUUACCAACUGCGUUGUGCACAAGCUUCACUUAAAUUGUCUUCAAAAAAUGUUUUCAGCCAGUUUGUACAAUGAACGAUGCCGAAUCAACUGACUUACGUUCCAUAUUAAUUGAUUUAAAUGAUCUUUUUGCUUGUUGUGUUUGUAUAAUGAUGUUUUUAACCUCAUUUAAAAAAAAAGUUGUCUUGGUGAUCAGACUAAACCUUUGAGUGUAAAGUCAUGAGACCUUUUUGUGACCUUGUCUGUGUAUUGAUUUGUGUAUAAACGGCUGUUCUUUCUGAAUCAAAUUGAAGUGUUGGUAUGGUUUUGAUUCUGAUCCCUUACACCGUUACAUUUUUUUUGUUU